CCUUAGCUAAGCCGUAGCUGUCUUGUUCGCGCGCCAUUUCUCGUGAACGGUAUCGUUCAUGAUCUCAAGAAUCACGCGCCCGCAGCCUGCGGAGCGGUAGCAGCAGCGCAGCAACGGCUACUAUAGACGCCUGUACCAACCAUGCUGCCCCAAAACAGGCGUCUGCGACAUCUCCAGGGGAUAUACAUCCGCAAUCUGAGCUUCACCAAGCCCCAUGGCCGCGCUUCCGACGACCUCGACGCCGAUCUCCAUUCCACCAAGCCACAAGACCCCCAGCGCCAGCUCCAGCUCCAGCUCCAACAUGCUCGCUCCUCCGAGAGUCUCCGUCCGCGUGCCGGUGCUCGUAGGCGCAGUACCGCUAUCGCCAAUGCCACGCCUGUCACCCGCCACAAACAUUUGGAAUACAAGGUCGAAAGUAGAGCUGCCGACGUGUUCUUCUCACUGCAUUGCGAUGGCGAGGACGACCCCGUCUACAUUAGCGAAGUUGGCCUGCGAUCUAUGAACUUCAACUUUCGGUUCUUCGACCUUUCCGGUGCCGACCCUCGCAUCACGCGAUCGUCAGAGUUGAAGAUAAGGGUAUGGGCCAAGCGACGGGAAUCAUGGGGCUUGCUCCUGUCCCAGGACAUCGACCUUCGCUCGCUACAUUAUGUCGGCAGUCUACGAAACCACCAUUUCCCACCCAACUGUAUCAUCUUCCACCUUCAAGAUGGCAUGUACUCGCUUGAUCUUGCUAGUAAACGCCCCGAGCCGAAGCAAACGCCGCCACUGCCUACUUCCUCCUACAAUGUCCUGAUGAAACUUUCCAAUCUAAAUAACUCAAUUGAAGAUGCUUUAGCUACGCGCAAAGCGCUGACUGCGCAGAUCAAUUCUUUGCUUGAAAAAAUACCAGAAGAUACAGUGCCGCAGGCGCAAGAGUCUGCCCGUGUCUCCGCAUCUUACCUCGCAGCCCAGAAGCGGGCCGUUCGAUCUGCCCAGACACGACGGGACGACCUCGAAACAUCUAUCCAAGCUCGACGAGAUGCCAUGAAGGAGGGACAGUCUGCGCAAGCCCGGGCCUCAGAUCAUGUUGAACACGCCCAAUCCAAGUUGCCGGCGUCACAGGAGUUGAUCUCAGCUACGCGCGAAAGCAUUCAUGGCCAACGGCGUCGCAUAUGUGAAGAUCUUGCACACAUUUUCCCCAUCACACCAGUUCCAUCAGGGGCGCCUCUUUCUUUUAGUAUCUGCGGCAUACCGCUGCCCAACUCUGACUACGACCCGACAUCGUCAUCAUCUACGGAAGACACGCUCUCUGCAGCUCUAGGUAACGUCGCGCAGCUAACUCAUGCGCUACAAUUUUACCUAAGCGUCCCUCUCCCAUAUCCAGUGACGGCUUUCGGGUCGCGGAGCAGUAUUCGUGAUGACAUCUCAUUGCUGCCCGAGGCCCAACGUGUCUUUCCCUUGUUUCUACGUGGUGGCGCAACGGCACAGUAUCGAUUCGACUACGGCUGGUUUCUGCUAAACAAGGACAUCGAGGCUUUGUGCGUGUCGGCUGGGCUUAAGAUCGUGGAUAUUCGGCACACGCUGCCCAAUCUCAAAUACCUCUUGUAUGUCUGUAGUGCAGGUAGCGAGGAGGUACCGGAGCGUAAACGCGGUGGAAUUCGAGGGCUUUGGGCCGGCCGAAUGAGAGGAAGACUGGGCGUGGGUAGUUCGCUUGCUAGCACUGAUGAUGGCGCUAGUAGUACUGCCGGAAGUCGUCGUGGUAGUAUGGACAGCGAGAUUUUGAGCGGCAAACAGAGAGAAACGCUGAGCCGUGCUCUCGGCCGGGAAAAUGGUCACGGAAGCGGAGAUCAUUCGCGACAGAGCAGUGUUGGCGCGGCAGGGAGACAGCAGCAACAGCACUCACCCGUCCGUCUGCCGUUCGACGAGGGGGCUGCCAAGCUCACAUUACGUACAAAGGGUCUAAGGGAGAAUGUUGGUGCACAUGCUUGAGAUACCCAUAGAGUAAUAAAAUUUGUCUUGUCUUGUCAAGAUUCUUUUUUCGUGGAAUUUGGGGUACUUAUUUGACGGUGGUACCAAAAAUUCAUCCGACGUGCUACUAAAUCUUACUACCAGUUAGAUACCUUCUCAUUGUACACACGACAGGAUAUGUUACGGCAUUGGUUGAUUGUCAAUGGUCACG